GCAGCUUUCGCUUCAGCCAGCGCGAGGGGCACGGCGUCCUGCUGCUCAAUGCAGAGGGCACUGAGCGAUACGAGGGCAGCUUCCUUCGCGGCCACUUUGAUGGGCAUGGCAUCCGCAAAAUGGCGGACGGCUCUGUCUACGAGGGGCAAUGGCGAGCAGGACGGAAGCAUGGGGAAGGCGAGCUGCGGGAGACCUGUGUUCCCUCCAGAGCCUACAGCGGUCAGUGGAAGGACGGCAAGAGGCAUGGCUUCGGCGUCCAGCAGAUGGACAGCCACACGCGCUAUGAG